GCUAAUGGGGAGGCAAAUGUAUGGCGCCGUACGCCGUGGUCCCCAUGAAACAUCUACCCCCGAUUCAGAUUUUGGGACUGGGGAAAGGGGCCUGGCUAUUCCUCCAAUAGGGAGUAAUGCUUAUCUAGGACCCCACUGUUUUCUGCUUCAUUCAUAUCAGCUUCAAGGCAAGUUGAGAAAAAAGAACGAGCUCCUCCUGGCUGCAUUUUAAAGCCAAUAAUGUGCGCACAAGCCAGAAGCAGUUGAGCUGAAGACCGGGCUUAUCUUUGGUUGCAGGCUGCGUCUCCCUUGGGGUGAGCAUCACAAAAAAGGAAGACUGUAAAGUCUGCAUAUGCUAGCACGUAUGUAAGUGUAGAAAUAAUUAUUAUUUUUGAAUGCAACCCAUCUCCUUUGGGUGACUGUGUGACUCGCUCUCGGGCUGCUGUCCCGGUGCUGACCGGCAACUCCGAGGCCCCUGCUCUCCCUUCUGACUUCUCCCUUCUUAACUUUAGGCUACUGUCGGAAAGCUCUGCAAAUAGAAGUCACCUUAAAGCAGAGGAUCGAUGCUAUCUGGAAAGCAGGACCUAGAGCCCUGCUGCUGUUUCCGGAGGUCUGAUCCUCCUAAGCACCACAAGGCCGCUGGCAACAACUUCUACCUUGUACAUCAACCAACGCUGUUUCCAAAAAAAAAGCAAACCAACCUAAGUAUUUAGGGAUUCCCGCAAUUCGAUGCAGCGCCGGUCAGUCUAUGUUUCCUAGCUCUAUGGCUCCCGCGCCAUAGGCGCGGAUCCUUGGAAGCGGAUCGGAGGGGUGACCGUCCUCAAGGGGAGGCGCUUCCUAUUGGCUCGCGGGGAAGCGGCAGCGUGCGUGAGUGGGCGUGGCUUUGCCUCUGCCUCUAAAGCGUUGGCUGCUGCGCCUGUUUGCUGCUGCUGCUGCUCUUGCGAUGAGAAGCCGGGAGGUAAAUAUCCCCCCUCUGCGAUCACGUGACCUGUCACAUGACCCCCCCCCCACUGGGUACCCCACUCACCCAACUGCAUUGCCCAGAGUGAGGUGGGGGGGGCUGGUUUGAGAGCCUUGCAGAGCUGGGCUUGGAAGUGGGGGUCCCAUUGGGGAGCUGGGGGGCAGAAGUAUCUUCACCCCCCAUAUAUAUAUAUAUAUAUAUAUACACACACACACACACACACACACACAUAUAUGUGUAUAUAAUAUAAUAUAAUAUAAUAUAAUAUAAUAUAAUAUAAUAUAAUAAUACAAUAUUAUAUAGAGAGAGAGAGAGAGAGAGAGAGAGGGGGGGGGACUACCAAAUGGUGUGUUGUCUUGUGUUGUGUUGUGUCAUGCCAUGUGAUUGAUUAUGUCGGGUGGGGCUUACCUCCCCCCCAACCCAACCCCCAUUUUAUUCAAGUUGUCAUCCCUAGUGGUGGACAUGGGCGUAGCCAGGAUUUAUGUUGGGGACCCCCACCUCUAUCUGCCUCUCUCCAGCAGAUUCGGAAUGAAAUGUCUCCACAACCAGUGGGUUUAAAUUACAGUCAUACCUCGGUUUACAGACGCUUCAGGUUGCACGGUUACUUCCAGGUUCCGGCGCUCACGCAUGCGCAGAUGAACCGAAUCGCGACCCGCGCGUGCACAGGCACAGUGCUUUGGGUUGCGAAUGUGCCUCCUGCACGGAUCACGUUCGCAACCAGAGCAUCCACUAUAUAGUACUUUCUUUUUAUAAUAACCUGCAGCUUCAUAAGCAUAUAUAUUUAAAGAAGAUGAAUGAACGAGUAAAUUAAGUUAAUUUGGAUAUGCAGAAGAUAUUAAAAACAAACGUAAGGAACCGCAGAAAGAGGGAGAAGGAAGUCAAGCUUUGAAAUGUCAAAAUGAUUGUAAAACGAGUGAAAUGUAUAAAUUUGUAAAGUGUAUAAAAAAUUGUUAAUUACUUUCUUUUGACCCCAAGUGCUCAGAAAAAUCUGUCAAAAUCUUCCCACAAUUUCUACUGUUAGUUAAGAAUUUGUAUUUAAUUUGUUUGAUUGCGGGGGGCACCCCAUCCCAUGGCCAGGGAUGCCAGUCGCUGGGAAUCGCAGGUGGGAAGAGUGUUUUUGCUGCGCUCAGCAUUUUGCUUGUGGGCUCCCUGCAGGUGCCUGGUUGGCCACCGUCGGAACAGAGUGCUGGGCUAGUUAGGCCCUAGAUCUCAUCCAGAAGCGUUCUUCAUAUCCUUGGGGGGGAGGUGUUGUUGCUCGUGUUUGCUGCCAGAUAUUGAUAACAAUCUCUUUUCUGUUGAUGACCUCUUUUAGAUGGGAAAGCAAUUUUAAGGUGCAAAAAGUGGAGACAUACAUACCAUCCUGCCAUCUGUGAGCAUGUGUCAACCAAGUACAGUGGUACCUCGGGUUACAUACGCUUCAGGGUACAUACGCUUCAGGUUACAGACUCCGCUAAACCAGAAAUAUUACCUCGGGUUACGACCUUUGCUUCAGGAUGAGAACAGAAAUCGUGCUCCUGCGGUGCGUCAGCAGCAGGAGGCCCCAUUAGCUAAAGUGGUGCUUCUGGUUAAGAACAGUUUCAGGUUAAGAACAGACCUCCAGAACGAAUCAAAUUCUUAACCCAAGGUACCACUGUACUGUGACCCUCCUGAGGGAGCACAUUCUCCCUGGUACUGUUUCACUUCAUGGGUCCUCUGAAGAGGAUCUUAAGAUCUGGAUAAGUAUAUAUGGGAGUAAGAACAGUUCUGGUUAAGAACAGUUUCAGGUUAAGAAUGGACCUCCGGAACAAAUUAAGCACUUAACCCGAGAUGCCACUGUAACUAGGGAUGCUACCUGUCCUGUAUAAUACAGGAUUGUCCAGUAUUUCAAUGUAAAAUGUUACAUCCUGUAUUGAUAUAGGUUGUCCUAUUUCAGAUCUGAUCUCUCUCUCUCUCUCUUCUCUCUCUCUCUCUGCCAAGUUAGGGAUCCUUCCAAACACAUGUGUUUGAAAGGGUGUGUGAAAGGUCAUGUAUUUAAGCUCUGAGUAGCCAAGCACAGACAGAUUUACAAUUUCGUGGGUAUGUGUGUGCAUGCAGGUGCAUGUGUGACAAGUUCUGGAGGGUUACGCUGCAAUAGAUUGCAAUGGAUUGCUUUGAAGUUACUUCAGCACCAGAUUUGGGGGGGGGGGAAUCGCCCCCAACCACCCCGCCCCAUCCUGUCCUGUAUUUUGCCAACAUAAAGGUGGCAACCCUACCAGUGAGAAUCAUGGAUGGGAAGAGCAAUAACUGCACUCAACUUUUUUGCUUGCGGGCUUCCUGCAGGUGUCUGGUUCGCUGCCAUCAGAACAGAGUGCUAGGCCCUGGUUAGGCCCUUGAUCUGAUCCAAAAGGGCUCUUCAUAUGUGUGUGUUUUUUUGUUUUAUAAUAAUACUAAUAAUUUAUUAUUUAUACCCCGCCCAUCUGGCUGGGUUUCCCCAGUCACUCUGGGCGGCUUCCAACUGAAUAUUAAAAACAAUACAGCAUCAGACAUUAAAAACUUCCCUAAACAGGGCCGCCUUCCGUUGUCCUUUAAAAGUAAAAUAGUUGUUUAUUGCCUUGACAUCUCCUGGGAGGGCGUUCCACACAGUGGGUGCCACUACUGAGAAGGCCCUCUGCCUGGUUCCCUGUAAACUCACUUCUCACAGCGAGGGAACCGCCAGAACGCCCUUGGUGCUGGACCUCAGUGUCUGGGCUGAACGAUGGGGGUGGAGACGCUCCUUCAGGUCUACUGGACCGAGGCCGUUUAGGGCUUUAAAGCUCAGCACCAACACUUUGAAUUGUGCUCUGAAACGUACUUUCUGCUGAUGGCCUCUUAGAUGGAAUUGCAUUUUUACUGUGCAGAAGUACACACCAUCGUACUGCCUGUGGGCAUUUAUCAACCAAGUAGCGCAUGUUGUACUGCACUGUUAGGGGUCCGUGUUGUUACUAUGAGGAAGAGCGGCAAGAAACAGCGCCAUCACUGAUCUUGCAUGUUUGAAAAAAGUGGAAGUUGUUAUUUUUCUUCUUUAGCUACCUACCUCCUGCAAACACGCACACGCACACACCUGCCUCCAUACUUGACAAAGGUAUAUGGUGCUUAUUUAGCAAUGUAAAGUGAAUAGUCUCCUGCUGAUGACAAUGCGAAAACAAACAAGAAACCCCACAAUAUUCUGUUGCAUUUCCAGGUCUUGAAGCUUUUCAAAACUUUGCACAGAACGCGACAACACGUUUUCAAAAAUGAUACUAGAGCCCUAGAAGGUAAAUAAAAUCUUUGUUAUCUUGGCACUAAGAGCUGUCUUUGGGCACCUUAUUAACAUCAUUGUGGUAUAUGCUUUUGCAGGGUUUACUACAUGACUACUCUCUAGAAGUUUGCUUUCUUGGGGUGUUUGCCAGACUAAUAGAUUUGUAACUAACCCUGCAAAAGUCAAAAUUUAUAAUAGUUUGUUAGAGGCUGUAGGAGGGGGCUUCCAUUCUCGGGCACCUUUUUCCAUUUCUAAAUAAUAAUAAUAAUAAUAAUUUAUUAUAUAUACCCCGCCCAACAUACCCCGCCGGGUUUCCCCAGCCACUCUGGGCAGCUCCCAGUAGAAUAUUAAAAACACGAUAAAUACAUCAAACAUUAAAAACUUCCCUAAACAGGGCUGCCUUCAAGUCAGAUAGUUGCUUAUUUCCUUGACAUCUGAUGGGAGGGUGUUCCACAGGGCGGGCGCCACUACCGAGAAGGCCCUCUGCCUGGUUCCAUGCUAGAUUCAGGGGAGGGACUGAGUGCUGUGUCACUCUCCUCAACAACCCACUUGUCAACAUGCAAUUUAUUACCGCCAUUGGCAAGUAGAAUUACAAGACUGGUGUUAAGGCCAUUUCUUCUGUGACAAACUGUCUGAUGCAGCUUGAGGUUAGCCGCAGUAUUCCUUCCCUUUGGACUUCCACGUAGCUGAUACAUGGUGUGAAUAACAGGAGGGAAGCUUAUUUGAAUGAAAUACAUUUAAAUACAUGGGAAUAUAAGUUGUUGUUUAGUCGUGUCCGACUCUUCGUGACCCCAUGGACCAGAGCACACCAGGCACUCCUGUCUUCCACUGCCUCCCACAGUUUGGUCAGACUCAUGCUGGUAGCUUCGAGAACACUGUCCAACCAUCUCGUCCUCUGUCGUCCCCUUCUCCUUGUGCCCUCCAUCUUUCCCAACAUCAGGGUCUUUUCCAGGGAGUCUUCUCUUCUCAUGAGGUGGCCAAAGUAUUGGAGCCUCAGCUUCAGGAUCUGUCCUUCGAGUGAGCACUCAGGGCUGAUUUCCUUCAGAAUGGAUAGGUUUGAUCUUCUUGCAGUCCAUGGGACUCUCAAGAGUCUCCUCCAACACCAUAAUUCAAAAGCAUGGAAUAUAAGUUGCUACAGUAUUAAUGGAAUAAUUUAGGCCAGCUAUACAUACACCAAACUAUUUACCUGGCUGAGGAACUAGGGACAUGUGAGACACAAACUUUCUUAUACUGGGCUAGAGCUCAGGGGUAGACCAACUGCUUUGCAUGCAGAAGGGUCCAAGUUCAAUCCCCAACAUAUCCUGGUAGGACUGGAAAUGUCCCUUCUGAAACCCUAGGGAGCCCCUUCCAGUUAAUGAAGAAAACACUGAACUGGAAUAACUGAUGGUCACGUUAUUACUAUAGCAUGAUUUUAAUAUAGCAUGUACCGGCAUGUAAUGAAGCAAUGUGACUUACUCUAACAUAUAUGCAGGACUGUUUUCUUCUGAAGCCUUGCCUACCAAAAGCAUCUUGCAGUAUUGUUGCAAAACAUUCUUUUUUUUCAGCUGACAACAAUACCAUAAGAGAUAGUGGUAUACAGAUGAAACUGAUGAAAACCCCAAAUCUCUUUUCUGAUGAGAGCAGCUUUUGCAUCCCAUUUGGAAACCAAGGACCCAGAGUCUGGAGGAAGAAUGGGGAGGCACACAAUGCCAGAUGCUUGAAGUCCAGUGUGAAGUUUCCACAGUCUGUGUUGAUAACACCUCAGCAGUGCCACAGGCUGAUAGCAUCCAUGCCACGCCGCAUUGAGGCAGUACAGUGGUGCCUCGCAAGACGAAAUUAAUCAGUUCCGCGAGUGUCUUCGUCUAGCGGUUUUUUCAUCUUGCGAAGCAACCCUAUUAGCGGAUUAGCGCUAUUAGCGGUUUAGCGGCUAUUAAAGGCUUAGCAGCUUAGUGGCUUAGCUGCUAAAAGGCUAUUAGCGGCUUAGCGGCUUAGAAAAAGGGGGGGGGAGCGGAAAAAAAUCUCAAGACUCGCAAGACAUUUUCGUCUUGUGAAGCAAGCCCAUAGGGAAAUUCGUCCUGCGAAGCAACUCAAAAACGGAAAACCCUUUCGUCUAGCGGGUUUUCCGUCUUGCGGGGCACCACUGUAAUUGAUGCAAAAGGGGCCCAAACCAAGUACUGAGUACAUGUGCAUGCGUCUACUUCUCAGAGGUCCAGUAUUGCUCCAUUUGCAGUCCUUGUUUUGCUGAUUUCAUUUAAUACUCUAAUUUUCUGAGAUUGUUAAUUUGGGGUUUUCAUCAGCUGUACGCCAUAAACAUCACAAUUAUAACAAAUAAAGGCUUGACAUAUCUCGCUUUGCAUGUCAUGAGUCUAUCUCAUAUAUUAGUUUCACCUUUUAAGUUGAAUUACUGAAAUAAAUGAACUUUUCCACAAUAUUCUAAUUUUCCGAGUUUCACCUGUAUUAGCAUACUGCUCUAUAUUUGCAUGAUGAUGUCUGACUGACAAUUAAUACACAGUUCUUAUCACUAGCAAUUUUAUUACACAUUUAAAAUGAUGCAAGAUAGACCCAAAUUAGCAUAUUCUUCUUAAACCGGUGGAUUCUACAAAGACUGAUUAAAUUUGGUUGGUUGUGUGAAUUGCGUCAUGUAGUGGAAUUUGUAGCUAGAUUUAAACCUGUACACUGAAGAGCAGCAUUUGAGUUUCCCGAAACACAUCAUGGUAUCCUGUAUUAUCAUUAGUCUGUUGGGGAAAUGAACUAGAUUUUUACCCCAGUCCUACUGCAUGCAAAUAUGACUCUGGUAACAGAAUUACGGAUUUUUGCAUGAGGUUUUUGUGGAAUCAAGUCUGCGACUGCAAUGGUAUGUUACAGGUUUGCAUAUUGUUAGCAUAUAAAAGUAGAAUCCGUAAAGGACAAAAUGUAGAGAAAUUAACGUUUCCCUUUUCCCCCCUUUAUCCAGCUGCAAGACUUAAGAUAAAUGAAGAAUUCAAAAAUAAUAAAGAUGAGACUUCUUCUGAAAAAAUAGCUGAGGUACUUUAAUAGAAAUCCUUAACUGUCACAGGUACCACCUCUCCAUUUCCAAGCUCUUUAAUGAACAAAUUAUAAUUUGGGGGAUUUCUAGCAGAUAAUUCUCAGCGACUUCAUAAAACUUUAUUUUUGCCACCACUAGGGGAUACACUGGUAUGUUGGAACUCUUCCUUUUCCCCCCCUGCCACUGUUGAAGCCUGUGUGUCUUGUUCCUUGCCACGGGAGCAAGGGACAACUGAACCAAAAAACAAAGCUAAAUCGCUUACAAACUCUCCUUUGGGUCACGAAACACAUUUCUAAAUAACUUACUACUUCAAUUAUGAGCUGAAUUAUAUUGAAAAAUUAACCAUAGGUGUUCUGUUUUGCCACCUGUAGAGGGCGAGUGAAUAAGUCUUUGUGGUUCCCUUUCAGGAAAGUUUUUCCAUUCACUGAAUUAUUUCUUUACAAAGGCUUCCAUUUAUAAAUGUACACCAAUUGUGGGAAUUCGUAAAGAAGAGCUCUUAAGAGUGGCAUUCCUGAAGGUUCUUUUUUUGAGGGGUGGUAAAAUAAACCUAAAUCAGCCUCUGUAGUAAUUUGCAUUCAAAACUAGGACAGGUACUCUCAUACAGACACAAGAUGGGUAAAAUGAUACCUUGCACUGAACAAAUGUUCAUGAGUCCACUUGCAGACUCUGGAGCAAUGGAAGAGAUCACUUUUUGUAAGUUCCCCUCCCCACCCAGUAACAGCUGUGUUUGAACCAAUUCAUCAUAGAUGUUUGUGCUUCCUAACCAGAGGUGACCAAGGCAGCUCAAAACCAGCCCUUGAGGAUGCAUUUGUUAGUCUUAAAAUCCCAGGGUUUUGGUUUUUUUUAAUCCGAUAAUGCUGAGACCAUAUCGGGGGUUUUUUUGGGUGGGGUGAUCACUAAAAUGUUAAGGUUGGGAGCAGAAGAGCAAGGAGAACCUGUGGUUGAAUUUCCUAGCGCGAUUCUUUCAGUCAGUAUAUAAAGGUCCUUUUAGGGACCCACUGAAGGGACGCUGGUGGCGCUGUGGGUUAAACCACAGAGCCUAGGACUUGCUGAUCAGAAGGUUGGCGGUUCGAAUCCCCGCGACGGGGUGAGCUCCCGUUGCUCGGUCCCUGCUCCUGCCAACCUACCAGUUCAAAAGCACAUCAAAGUGCAAGUAGAUAAAUAGGUACCGCUCCAGCAGGAAGGUAAACAGCAUUUCUGUGCGCUGCUCUGGUUUGCCAGAAGCGGUUUAGUCAUGCUGGCCACAUGCUCGAUUUAUUGUUCCCAAAUGUGGAGCUGCCUGGAAGUCUGUUGCCAAUUCUGGAAAAUCGGUAUUCCUUUUAUUGACAUUUGAAAUCUAACAAUAGUCCUUUCGUUAGUCCUCUUUUGAAAGUUUAAGAGAUGAAAGGUGCUGUAGAAUUAUAAGUGAUUUGGUACUUUGUUCUCAACAAGCAUAGAUGAUGUCUUCCAAAAAUAAAGCUGAGGUGUUCAAACAAUUCUCUUUUUCCCCUCCCCUUUUAUGAACAGCUUGUGAAAAUAGGUUCAGAUGUAGAAUUUAUACUCAGAACAUCUGUCCUUCAAGGUGUUCAUGUGGAUUCCAACCAAGUAUGUAAGUAAAUAAUAUUUUUAAGUUGGAAAGUUGUAAAUGCUUCAUGUCUGCUUUAACACCAAACACUCCUACUUCCUUCUGGGUACAUAGCACUAAAUGCAUUCAGAAUUUUGCUAACCUUUCAAAUGAUGAAACCAGGUUUCAGGUUUAACUGUUGUUUACUUCUAUUAUAAGAUUAUCUUCAGCAUUUGUGCCCGGUUUGUUUGGAAUGAGUAAGCGGUACCAUUAAAUGCUCAGAAAAACAAUGUUGGUUAUGAAAUUUAGUGAGAUUCUGAAUAACGUUUAAAAGAAGCAGUAGAUCUUGGGAGAACUACCAAAAUAACUUUGAAAUUAUCUUCUACUUCCACAGGAAGAGCACUUGGGUUUUCUUGGUUCUGUCUGUAAUUGCUCUUCUUUACGUAGUUUGUACAGUGGUAUCUUGGUUCUCAAACUUAAUCCAUUUUGGAAGUCCGUUCCAAAACCAAAGCGUUCUAAAAUCAAGGCGCGCUUUCCCAUAGAAAGUAAUGCAGAAUGGAUUAAUCCAUUCCAGACUUUUAAAAGCAACCCUAAAACAGCAAUUUAACAUGAAUUUUAUUAUCUAACGAGACCAUUGAUCCAUAAAAUGAAAGCAAUAAAUAAUGUACUGCAAUCACACAAUCAAUCAAGUAGCUGAACUGGGUUCCACACAGUCACAAAAACAGAAACAAUGAGCCGCAAAAACAAAAACAGACCUCAAAAUAAAUAGCAAAAACAGACAGAUCUCAGCAUAACACUCAAAACAGACGUGUGGCACUCAAAAAUGAGCACAUUCGACUUCCGAAUAAAGUAAAGAAACUGGAACACUUACUUCUGGGUUUGCAAUGUUUGGGUUCCAAGUUGUUUGAGUACCAAGGCAUUUGAGAACCAAGGUACCACUGUAUAUAUGUAUUUUUCAAUUUAUCUAUUUUGUUAUCUGGGGUAGGGCAUUGCUGCUUUCCUUGAUAUUGACAGCUGUUAUACUUUUCCCACUAAUAUCUUAAUCUAACAGUGGAUCAGAACCAAGGUAGCUCAAGCAGGUGUUCACUCACACAACAAGGUUUGUCCUCCUUGCCCUAUUUUACCCCAAAAUCUGCUCUAGAGGAUUGGAGGACCCUCUGGAACAGAUCUGAGGAGUGUGCAGGGCACACGGGGAUGAAAAGAAACUGGUGUUCCGAUUGCACAGGUGGGUGGACAACAUAGGAUGCUACCCAAUAUGUUACAUUCAUUUGAACAACAUAUCAAAAACUCGUAUAUAAAAGAAGAAUGCAUGUAUUUGCUGUAGAUUUCCAACCUCUGCUUUACAGUGAACAUGAGAUAUAUAAAUACACAUUGCAUUUCAAAACAUAAAUUAUCAUGUUUACAAGGAAACAGCCCUAUCAACUUAAAGCCAAAUCGACAGAAAUUCGGUUUUCAGUUCUUCACCUGCAGACUUUCAACAACACCUUUGCACCGGCAGGUAAUAGCGUUUCGAACUAAUAGAGGCCAAGAGAGCAAAACUGAGCCGCUCAUCACGCUUCAAACUCCCACUUUGUAAUUGCAAGUCUUACUGAGUAGAUGCAAGUCAGCUCACUGUCACACCAGUAUAAAGGGAAAAGGGAAAGGACCCCUGGAUGGUUAAGUCCAGUCAAAGGCAACUAUAGGGUUGCGGCACUCAUCUCGCUUUCAGGCCGAGGGAGUCGGUGUUUGUCCACAGACAGCUUUCUGGGUCAUGUGGCCAGCAUGACUAAACCACUUCUGGCCCAACGGGACACCAUGACGUAAACCAGGGCACAAGGAAACGUUGUUUACCUUCCCGCCGCAGUGGUACCUAUUUAUCUACUUGCACUGGUGUGCUUUCAAACCUCUAGGUUGGCAGGAGCAGGGACAGAGCAACCGGAGCUCACCCCGUCGUGGGGAUUCGAACCGCCAACCUUCUGAUCAGCAAGCCCAAGAGGCUCAGUGGUUUAGACCACAGCGCUCUGGUUUGGGAGAGAGAAAGAGAAAGUAUACAUUAUCAGUUGGUGUUGCCCUAGGGCAUGCUGCUAUCCAGAUUAACUCAAAAUUAGUCAUGCUUUUCUGUAUUUGGGGAUUUGUUUCCAGCCCCUCUCUGCUUCGACCAUCAUCAGCCCUAUCCUCCUAGAACCAGAAUGAUAGUGGAGAAGAGUUUCCCACCAGGCACUUUUAAGCUAAAUUCCUCACCCCUAAGCCAUUUAUGUUUCAAAAGAGUUUAUUCCCUGACCACUGAGAAAUAGCUUGCACACAUGUGUAGGGACAUGUAUGCUGUGCAAUUGUGGCAGCAUGGCAGCCUCACAGAAACUCAGUGAACUAGGGCUGGUCUGUGUUGGGGAUGGGAGACUGCUCAGGACCCCUGUACACCCAGUCUUGAAUUUUGUCAUGGAUAUAAAUGUGUGAAAUAAAUCAACACUCGAGGUACUCACUCUGCUAGUGAGCUUUUUGUCUCUUGGUUUUUGAUUGUGGCUUUCUAAGUGGCCCUACUUGCCCAGUUCUUCACAAUAUCAACUAAAUGGAUAUGUCAGUCAGCAGCCAUUUAGCAUAUUGGACAUAAAUGUGGAGAAAGUCCAGGACUCUGUUCAGUCCUGAAACUCCCUGAAAUGUUUUAGAAGCCUCUGCCGCUGAUCACAACCUGAGCUUACCUCACUGGGCAGUGGCAAGGAUAAAACACUGUUCUGGGAUUCUUGAAGAGAGAGUGGGAUUCAGAUCAACAAACGCCCUUAAUAAAAACAGUACACAAACUGGCCUUUUCUCAAAAACAGGAAUAGGAUUUCCUUUGCUGAAAAUGGGAUCAGAGUAUUUUGGAUCAGCAAGGGAGAAGAAAAGAGCCCUGUAUAACAAGAGUAAGCAAGAAUCGCUUGAAGAAGUCGCGUUUCUCCAAACCUCUCAUUGCUUCCCACCCGCCUUUCAUAACUCCCCGCUCUGACAUUUUCCCCUCUUCCCUGCCUUCUCUCCCAUCUCCUUGGCAACCGGCGACGUUCGCUUCAGUUCUACACCCCUCCCAACUGCCUACUCCCGUAUAAGGAUCGCUACGACCCAUUAUUCCUCUUGUCCAUCUUUGGCUUCCCCCACAUCCCUUUAAAAAGCAAGACAAAAACCUGGACUGAAGAUGCAGGGAGGCUGCAACUGAGCUUGGCAAAGGGGUCAUGCCGCAUGAAUGCGAAGAGUCUUCCAUAUAGAACUGGAAUCUUUAAUAUCAGAGCAUAGGCAGCUGCCUUAUGCCUCCUAUUUCCACAUAUGGGAUACAUUUGUUCGUUGCGUAAAAAAGCAACGCUGCAGCUCUAGGCCCACAACCACAGCAAAUUUUCCUUCUCGCAUCAUGACAUCUAUACCUUGUAAAGUGUUCUUGCCAAUGGCCCUGUUCGGGGGACAGAAUAUACAGUGGUGGUACUGGAUUACUUAUACCCCCCAUGCUGAAACGAUUAAGUAUCCUGAAAUCCAUCUGAUUCACCAUUUGGCUGCAUGCAGUUUCCCUUCUGAAGACGUUCUCUCCUCCGUGUAAGCAGGACUUCAGAAAGGGCUCUUGCGUUCCUACAAAAGCGGGAAUCCAUCGCGACCGGUCUAGCUAUGGAUGUCUGUCAUGGCCCAUGUGGAACAUGAAACUUCAUAAACUGUCUUCUGCAGGGUCAGGUCCACCUAAGUCUCAUAGUGUCUGCUCCAGGAACUAUUAGGAUGCGGGUGGCGCUGUGGUCUAAAACAUGGAGCCUUUUGGGCUCGUCGAUCAGAAGGUUGAGGGUUCAAAUCCCUGCGAUGGGGUAAGCUCCCAUUGCUCUGUCCCAGCUCCUGCCAACCUAGCAGUUUGGAAGCAUACCAACACAAGUAGAUAAAUAGGUACCGCUGCAGCAGGAAGGUAAACCAUGUGUCUGCGUGCUCUGGUUUCCAUCACAGUGCUCCGUUGCGCCAGAAGUGGUUUAGUCAUGCUGGACACAUGACCCGGAUUGCUGUCUGUGGACAAACGCCGGCUCCCUUGGCCUGAAAGCGAGAUGAGCGCCACAACCCUGUAGUCGCCUUUGCCUGGACUUAACUGUCCAGGGGUCCUUUACCUUUACCUUUUUUUUACUCCAGGAGCUAUCAAUAUGGCCCAUACAGGUCCACGUGCACCCACAUAGGCCUUUCCUGGCACUCAGAUCCCCUCCCUACGUUGAAAUUAGUUUUGAAAGAAACAGUAUAUUGCAGUUAACGUAAUAGAUUAUGAUGUGUGCUUGGUUGCAGGGUGUGUGGGCAUCGAGAACAGUUUUUCCAGUUUGCAAGUGUGCCCACUUUUGACUCAAAUCCAUCCAACCUCCUUUGGGGAAGGUUCUCAGGCAGGGUGGAAGGAGAAAGAACUUGCCCAUGUGAAGACCAGCGGGUGGAAACCCUUACACAUAUGGUUCUUAUUUGUAAACUAUAUGCUGAUCUCCGUCAACAAUUUCUAGAUCAACUCUGUAUCCCCAAAUGGAAACCAGAGUUGGAGGUCAUACAUUUUCUAUUACUGGGGAAUGAUCAGGAGCUCACCAAGUUAGUGGCUAAAUUUCCCUAUUUGGUUGUUUGUCGUCGAAAUACACUGCAGACGUCUAGGUCUCCCUGGAGACCUAGAGAUGUGACGAUAGAUUGUUCUGACUCCUUUCUUUUAGCAAAUGUUUUGUGCCACUGGGGAAGUGGUAAUUCUGUAUUGAUUUGUUUUGGAUGUUUGUAUGUGAUGCCAAUAAAAGGUUUGAUGAUGAUGAUAACAGACCCUUUCCUUUUGCUGGUGAUUCCAAAAAACGAAGCUGGGAUCUUUUGUGUGCCAAUGAUGGACUUUGUUACUGAACUGUAUCCCCUUCCCUAUUCCCUUGGUCCUAACAGGGAUAUCUCGGCCUUUUGAUUUGUGCAUGCUAUCCUUAGACUAAAUGCUGGUACAAAGGAGGUGUAUAUUAGGGUAGCAGCCUUUGUCAGAUUAGGUUAAAUAGCCUAGAGACCAGCUCUCGAGUGGGUGCUUAAGGUGCCAGAUGGUCAGAACUACAGUAGAGACAAGGGCAGAUAAAGGACAAUGCAGUCAAGCAAAAUAAACUGGCUGCCUUUUUCUCUUGCCCUCCUCCUACCCUCCCACCUUUAAUAAAACUGCAGAUAAGUUGGCAGCAAACCUCCCUAUACAAUCGAGCACUUGAUUUAAAUCAGGCAUAGGCAAAUUCCGGCCCUCCAGAUGUUUGGGACUACAAUUCCUAUCAUCCCUGACCGCUGGUCUUGUUAGCUAGGGAUGAUGGGAAUUGUCAUCCCCAACAUCUGGAGGGCCGGAGUUUGCCUAUACCUGAUUUAAAUGCAAGGCACUUGUUCAGUAAUGCUAAAAUUUGUUUUUCUUUGGGCACAGUUAAUUGGCACGCUACCAGAGCAACAAGUUGGUCAAGUCCUUACUAAUUAUACUUAUUGCUGUGGCACAAACAUAUGGAUGCUUCUAACACACAAGAUAUAGGUAUAUAUCCACUCUGCAAAUGCCAUUAAGAAAAAGAAAGUUGCUAUAGUGGGACGCGGGUUGCGCUGUCGGACGCGGGUGGCACUGUGGGUUAAACCACAGAAACUAGGGUUUGCCGGUCAGAAGGUUGGCGGUUCAAAUCCCCGCAACAGGGUGAGCUCCCGUUGCUCGGUCCCUGCUCCUGCCAACCUAGCAGUUCGAAAGCACGUCAAAGUGCAAGUAGAUAAAUAGGUACCGCUCCGGCGGGAAGGUAAACGGCAUUUCCGUGCGCUGCUCUGGUUCGCCAGAAGUGGCUUAGUCAUGCUGGCCACAUACGCCGGCUCCCUCGGCCAAUAAAGUGAGAUGAGCGCAGCAACCCCAGAGUCGGCCACGACUGGACCUAAUGGUCAGGGGCCCCUUUACCUUUAUAGUUUGACAAACGGCUGAUCUCUCUUUGUAAAGAUCAUAUGAACUGUUACAGGUAACCCUUUUCUCUCUUCUAGUGCUUCUACCAAGAAAAGAGCUGCUGCUGGACAACGUGCCUUUCAGCGACACACCGAAGCAAAAAUCAUGAAUUGGGGAGAAUAA